GAAAACAGCCAACCAGUGCAGGAAGCGAAUUAAUGAUCUUAAACGGAGACAAGGAAUACGAAUAUUUGAAAACAGAUUGCCAAAACCAGUCUCUAACCUUACAGACAACAACUCUAUUUCCUCAAUUAAAAUUGAGCAUGCAGAGCAUCAAAUUGGAGAUGGCCUUGAUAUCAAAGCAGAGACGGCUGGUCCAUCCCAGGCUGGAACACCACAACAUGUUCCCCAACCUGAUCCAACCCAGGCCUCUUCAUUCCAAGCCCCUCAGGUCAGCUCACCGCAGAUGAACCAAUCUCAGGGACUGGGUCAGGGACAGCUCCUCAGAGCUCACAUCCCGCUGAUAAACUUCCAGCCCCUCAUCCACGUCCAGCCCGUUUCCCAGGAUUUCACAAUCCUCUGCCAGGUGCACCAGGCGGGCUACGCCAUGCUACACAAGGAGAUCACGGACACUAAAAACAGUAUGGAGGAAAUGCUGCAUCCUGUGUUGUCCUCCAUCAGCCACAGCCUGGAGAGACUUGCUAGUGCUGUUGAAAGGCUGUCCGAUCCUAGGGAGUCACCACUACAGACUGUCACUCCCAUCACAAUGCCUCUCCAACACAGACUGAAUGGACCGUCAUACACUGAUUCCCCAGGAGUACAUCCUUUGUGAUGUUUGCUGGUUUCUUGCAAUGUUGACGACUGUUUACUUCUGUUUUAACAAUACAAUGUCCUACAAGUAUUUCAAGUAAAACAUUUAAAAAAAAAUCAUUAACCAAAAAAUAUGAACUAUGGUAUGCUAUCGAAUGUAUGGUGUGUUCAUUGAUGCAUGUAUUUAUUAGAAUGCUUUCAUACGAGUGGUUAAAUGUAGUCUAUAUAAUUCAAUCAAACCUGCUGUAUUCACACAGUAGCGUUUUCCAAAUGCAUUGACUGGUUUUACUGUAGCCUAUAAAAACCUACAAUUAUUUAGCCUACUAGACAGUAGACCCCUCAAAGGGAGACUUUGCUUUCACUUUUCAGAAGGAGAAGUGGAUGUGUGUGGGGUAAAGUUUGUAAAUCUGUAGAGAAUUGCUUAUGGUUUUGGAAGGCAAUGGGCAGACCAUGAUUUAAUGAUAAUCUUUCAAUCUGUUUCUAAAUGUUUUUGGGGGAAUAAAUAUGCUGUGAACCACAGUAUCAUAAAUGUAACAUAUCACUUACUCAACGAGAAAAUCUAUUACGAUUUAUCUAUAGGUCUAAUGUCAACCAUUUCAAGAAUCUAAUCAUUCAAUAUUGUGGUGAUUGUUACUAUUUUGAAGAAGCGUUUAUUUUGGGCACAUUUUCCCCAACAAAGGGAGGGCAAUAUACUGCGCACAGCCGGUAUCAACUGCGCAAGCGUAUUGUAUUUUGUGGUCCUGCGAAUGGUAGCCCAGAUUGUUUUGGAACGCCUGAACGGUGUCCACUGUCCUUAUUAGGGUUUUCCGUAACCGUAAUAACCGUUGAUGUUUUGUAACUGAACAAACACCCAUUUUGUAAUUGUGUUUUUAAUACGUUGCAGCCUUGAGAUGAGUAGGCUAGGCUAUGUAAACAUUCAGAACACUAUUGUGUCUUCGCGUCAUUUUUAGCGUUUGCGCUUCGUUUAUGGCUUUCCCUGAGAAAAUAUGGAUUCCGAUAACGAUAAGAGAGAUGGGAGGCCAGAGAUCGAGAUGCUUCAUAUGGAGAGGCAACGAAAGAAGCGUUUCAAUGAGGAAGAGCUCAAAAUACUCGUGCGCGAAGUGCAAGCUCGACGACCUGGCCCUGGCUACACCCGUGUUGCACAGGCCGCGUGGGAAGAUAUCGCAGCAAAGGUGAGCGCUUCUUCGUUUGGAUACCUCAGAACCGGGAUCCAGUGCAAAAAGCGAUACAAUGACCUGAUGCGCAGACAACCCUGUUAUAUCAAGAAGGGUCCUGGGUCAAAGAGGAAGCGCGUGAACAGGCAGACAGAAGCAAAACUUCACCAUCCAACAGAAGAGGAGGAGCCUUUCCUCUCAGUCCAAACAAAACGUUAUAAAUUUGAGUUUGUGGAUGGAGAAGGACCCAUUGCAUUACAAGCGUUUCAGAAUGAAGUUGGUUCCCAAUGCAUUGGGGUGGAGCUGGACAGUCCCUCGACUAACCACCUGGUUGAUGGGCAACAGACUCUGGACGCUGCAGCAUCGUUUGAGGCCCAGACACACACGCCUGCCACUUCAACCAGGCCCACUUUACCCCAAACCAACCUCCAACCCCGGGUGAACGUAGUCAGAUUGAACCUUGAAACUGGUACCCAGGUCAGCACACCUCAAGUGACUGGAACUGUCCACAUCCCUCAGUCUCAGGGCACCCUUCAACCCCAAACCAAUACACACCCAGUCACUGUUCAACCCCAGGCUGAUGGUUUGCUUCAAGGUUAUGCUCCAUUCCACGUAAACAUACCCCAAGUAGUGCCACUGCCACAGCAGUCUACUCUACCCCAAGCCAACAUAUCACAGGCCUAUAUAACCCAAGCGAACCAAUCAAAGGCUACUCUAGCCCAAGCCAACCUAUCACAGGCCUAUAUACCCCAAGCAAACCAAUCACAGGCCUAUAUGCCCCAGUCCACUGUGCAGCCUCAGACGAACAUACCCCAAGUGAACCAACCUACGGUCCACAUUCCUUUGAUUGAGGUCCAACCACACAUGCAGGUCCAGCUACCUCCUCAGGACCUGGCAGCACUGGUCCAGGUGCAUCGCCAAGGUUACGACAUGUUACAGAGGGAGCUGGUCAGUAUGAGGAGCAGCAUGGAGAGAGUGCUGCAGCCCUUGCUGUCAUCCAUCAACAACAACCUGGAAAGACUGGUUAAUGCUGUUGAACACCUCUCUGGGGUUGAGAACACACCUCAGACCAACAGUGAUGUCCAUGGUCAUCGUGAUGCUCCCUCCUGACCUUGUUAGGUUACGUUCACCAUCUAUCUGAAAGUAGGACAGGAUGUGUUCAGGUGGAUGCAGAGCUCCUGUUUAACGACUCUUUAUACUAUUUCAAAUGUCUACCAUCCAGGUAGAGAUGGACUAAAAAACAUUGAGUAAAGUUCUGUGCAGUAAAUGUAACUCUAGGAAUCUUUGUACUGUACAUGCAGGUCCAUUUUGUUAUUAGAGAUAUGUUUCUCUUGUCAAUGACUAAAUGUAUGCUCCUUUUUCUCAGUAAUCUGUUUUUGUUCAAGGUGCCUCAGCCUCUUUGGACCUCCUGUUGAGUUCCGAAAUAAAAUGUAUUUUCAAAAAAAGUG